AUGACAUUAAAGCGGAUGGGCAGCUCCGUACAUGCAGCAGAAUAUUGUGGACAGACGACCGACUUUCUCGACUCUGCUUCCGCCUACCUCGGCAACUCCGCCGGAGCCACGGAAACAUGCAACCCAAACGAUUGUCCCCGAAACGUGCUCUGUCAGUCUUUACUUGUGGGCAUCUCUGUAUGUCUCUGUCUCUGUCUUUCUGCCUCUCUCUCUCGGUUGCUUUUUAUAGUGCACAUGCGUGACCGCAUGGAUACAAGAGACCAGGGGUAUCGGCUUUAG